AUGCCAAAACCAGUAACGAUAACCUACACCCUUUAUCCUUCCAUCACCUCCAACACAGGUAACAACCAUCACCUCCAACAGAUCCAUAACCUUGCCAUAGAAGGUAUAAAACGACACCUACCGCUUAGAAACCUACAUUGGAAAUCUUCCACUCGGACUUCACUCAGAACUAUACAAGAAGUGAAUAUACAGCUAUGCGAAUUGAGCGAAGUUAGCAGUUCGCUCGUUGGCGCUGGAGGAGCAGGGGGGAGUAGUGUAUUGGAUAGUCCGUUGGUUAAUCUUUGUUUGGUAGUCUGUGAGGACGCAGACGUGUACAAGAACCAAACUCGCUCAUUCAUCCGCGAUUGGCUUUCACUCCUAGCAGCAAGACGUACACCUCAUGCACCAUUGAUCGUACUGAUAAAUCCACCGAAUCCAUCUGGACAAUCGGCCUCCACUAGUGGGAAGAGCGUAUGGGGUAAAGAUAAAGGUGUUCUGGGGAAGUUGAAAACGGAUUUUAAUGUUGGGAAGAGAGAUAGAUGCGUCCAGCUCAACCUUCCUCCACCAGGUACACACGAUCCAGCAGCAUGGCCAGAACUGAUCAACAAGCUCAAAGAAUCUUUGGUAUCGGCUUUUGACUCCGCUAUCAUCGAGCGUGAGGAGGAAGUGAAAAGAGGUGAAAGUCAGCGGUUGAACGUAGGGUGGAAUUUCUGUACUUGGUUCUUGUUAAAGGAAUCACUCGCCAACUCUUUCGAAUCCGUCAACCUCCCUGAAGACUCCCUAAUAAUUUAUGAAGAGCUCGAAGCGUCCUUCUUCCAAGUCCUCAAAGAACAGAACCUGAACUGGUACGGUCUAUCCAAACUUGGCGGUACUCACCCAGGCGACGACUCCCUACCUACAUUAGAUACCACUUCGAAACCUUAUCGAGAGCUUAUAAGGAAUAGUCAGAUUAGUAUAUUUGAUUUUAGGAUCUAUCUAUUUGCGAGACAAGGGCAACUGUUAGGUAAAUUAGGGAGGAUAACCGAAGUUGCGAAAAGGGGACAGUGGUUCGUUGCUAGUUUGACUAGAAGGUUGAGAGAAGCUGAGGACUCCCUUGCUGAACACUUCAUCGAAUCGUGGACAUAUACCGCAUGUAUGGACAUAGUAUCAAAAUGCGACACUUGGUCAAGGAUAGAUAGACCCAAUGGCGAUUACUCAGGUCUGGUAGCGUACGAAUCAGCUAGAUCAGAAUUGUUGGAUAUUGCUCGUAUACAAGUCGAGCGAAUAGGCGUUUCAUCGGGACACUUACCACCCAUAUAUCCUUUCAAACCCGGUUCAUCACCCUAUGGCAAUCUCGCGGAAGAAGAAAGUGUCUUGUUCGAAUCUUCUUCUAAUGGGAUAUCAGAUGAUGAGGAACUACAACAUACACCUAUUACCUCGACACAUCCUACUUCCGAAGAAAGACCGGUCUUGUCCAACGAACAACUCAUAGAUGCUCAAAGGGAUAAAGACAACUGUAGAUCGUUAUAUUUAGGAUUGACAAAUAAGACUAUAAAAGCUUAUCAAUCCUGUGGGAAAGUCAAUUCGGUUAUUAGGUUGAAAGCGGAUUUGGCGGCUUUGGCUUUAUACACCGAACAAUGGGUUGAAGCCUACGACCUCUCUCGAGAACUAGCCAAAGAUUGCGCGGAGAUCCUGACUUGGGAUCCAAUAUCAAAGUUCGCUUUGGAGGGUGCUUUACAGGCUCAUAGAGAAUUAGGUAGAGAGAAAGAUGAAGAUUGGGAGAAUCUCGCUUUGGCUUAUCUUAGAGUGUGUGCUUUGGUGGCUACUACCUCGUUGAGGGAGGAGGGAGAAGAGGAAGAUGAUCUUGCAGAGUUAGGGGAUGCGGUUAUCGGGUUGAAGGAAUCUGAAAACGAACAAGAAGUGGAAGGUCAUAAAGCUUUCAUGGUCAGAUUGAUAUCUGAUGAAGCGAAUCAUGAAGAAGGGGAUGAUCAGACCUCCUUGAAGGCAGAGGUUACCAAUGUACUACCUAUACCAGUGCAAGUUGACAAUAGCUCGUUUGAACUUACAGAUACUCACGGAGAAGUGAUCACCUUCUCAAGUGAUGGACAGACACUUCAGCCAGGAUCAAAUAUCAUUAAAGCAUUUUGUUCGACAUCGACUCAAGGCUUGUAUACUUUACAGACCGCUACCAUAGUAAUCGGUUCAAUUAGCUUUAUAUAUAGCAAAUACGAAGAAGGGUCUCUACUGAGAGUCAAGCGGAAUGCUCAAGUCAAACUUGAUGAGGACCCCAAAGUAGUGGUGGAGGUAAAAGCAGGCAUGGUGGAAAUGAAGAAUGUCAGAGUUGGAUUAAGAUCAUUGAUCGGAGAAGUCACGUAUCUCCUACAUGAUGCUGAAUAUGGAGGCAAGGAUCUCUCGUUAAACGGCACUGGCCUUAUUGAAAUAGGCGAUAUCAGCGCUGAAGAUGUGGUAAUAACCAUUCCGUAUGCCGGAAUACCGCAAGGGGAACAUGCCAAGGCUCAAAUCAUCAUACAAUAUGAUACUUCGUCAGGCCCGAGAGAAUGGAUAGACAAUCAAGUGGUUUUCAUGGGAUUGCCAUUGACCGUGAAUGUGCAAGAUUUCUUCAGACCCGAUUGCCUAUUGUCUCAUUUCACGAUCGCUUCCGAUGGAAGAGAGUAUCUGCGUAUAGCUUCUGUAAAGCUAACUCCACCUGAAGAAGCGGGAUAUGAGAUCCAGGCUGGUCGGGAAGAUUGGAAGGAGAGUGUGACCAUUACGCCCAAUCAGCCACUUUCAUGCCUGUUCAAAGUGAAGCAAAAAGAGAAACAUGAUGAUGGAGCGGUGUUAAGGUUGAAGAUACGCUAUCGAAGUUUAGAAGAAGAAGUCCGCCUGGCCAUUGAGAAUGCUUUUGCGAAAUUACCAUCGAAAACCCGCGAUACCUUAAGAGUAUUGACGAGAGAAUGGGCAAAUGACAGAGGGAAGUGGCUGAAACCGUAUCUUUUGGGUACGUCGCUAGCUGAGACGUUGGCGGAAAUGUUGAAGUCGAGGCAGGUCGAAGGGCUUGAAGAGUUCCUGAAGGCUAUAACAAGUCACGAAGAGCAAGUAUGGCGUAUGUUGGAAAUCCCAGUUGACGUACCUCAGCAUCGUCUAUUAACGACCAUACGAAUGACUCCCUCAAACUCUUCGAAUCAGAUAUACGAAGGUCGUGCAAUCAACGUUAAACUGUCUUUAUCAACUUCAUUCACUUGGUCUGGGAAUCAUGGCAAAGAUGAUAAGAGAUUGGUAUUUGAUAUUCAGAAUAAUGAAGAUUGGUUGGUUGUAGGCAAGAAGAAGGGAUAUUACUUGGCUGAUCCUGAUACACCUGAGGAACAAGAGAUAAUUCUCAUACCCAUGAGAUCAGGUAAACUAUUCCUACCAACAGUCAUUAUCCAACUUCUAUCGGCCCCCACAAAUGCACCAUAUCAAGGACAAGCAAGGUCACAGAUGGACAACGACGACUUGCUAUGUGAGACAUAUUUCGAAAAUGCCGCGGAGUAUAUUACGGUCCUACCUGCAAAGAAGGAGAUGAAUUGUUUUAUACCUGUUCCGAUAAAUGGUGAAGCAUGGGAAGGUGAAAGGGUUUAA